AUGGCUCCAGUUUUAAUGUCCAAAGCACAGUUACAGCAUAUGGUUACUGUAUCGGUUUUUGUGGUCAGCGGAACACAAGUAAUCGAUGUUAUCGAGCAAGGAGCAGGGGCACACCCAGAUGGUCCCCAGAUUCCAGUUGCUUCUGAUAGUGAUUCAUUCUCCUCACCAGAUGAGGACAAGUUAGCCACUUUUGCAAAACAACUCGAAGAUGAGUACAAAGUUAAGAGUGAAGCAGAAAAGCUGAUAAAGGCGUAUUCUACCGGCCGCUCCAAAGAUCAGAAACAUCUCGGUGAUGCUCAGAAAAUACUCCAUGACAGCAAAAGAAAAAUAGAAAUUUUGCGCAUGUUGAUUCUCCAACAUAAAGAAACACCUACAAUAAGUCCAUUGGAGAAACGCAUUGAGGAGUUGAGCCACCGAUUUGCGAUCGAGCGUGCCGUGGCUGAAGGAGCCAAACAUGCCAUCCAGAAAUUGGAUGGAAAGCCGCUUGUUGAGGCACAAUCAAUACUACAGGCGUCAAAUGAAAAGCUGGACCUCCUUAAAUAUUCCUUGGAGGAACGAGUGAAAGAACUUCCUGAUGGCCACCAUAGGAAGAGUAUAACCACCGAGGAACUGUCCCUUGGUUCAGUCAAAUCCAAGUCCAUAGCACUAACGGUUUUGGUUGAUUUAUAUUCUGAUAAAGAUUGUAAUAGCCAUUGUUACAAUAUUUAUUCUGAUUGUUUGACAGGUACUCUGAAAGUGCGAGUAAAGGGCUGUCACGGUAUUCUGGAGAAUGUACCUGGCAGACUAAAGGACCCGUCAGAUGUUCUCCCUGGCAGGAGUCCACGUCGAGGAAGAUUCUUAUUAAUGAACCGGAUCAGAAGAAACAACCGUGGCAGCAAUCAGAACAUCCAAGAGACUUUUGACUUUUCUAGUGAAGUCCGUACUCAGCUGAAGAUCGAUCAUAUUCCAGUGGGUUCAACAAGUUGGAAAACUGUUUCUAACCCAUCCUGGAAUAAGACAUUUAAACUGGAUUUAGAUAAGUCUCGGGAGCUAGAAAUAUCCUUAUAUUGGCAUGAUCAGAGAUCACUGUGUGCCACAAAGACUCUGAAGUUGGAAGAAUUCCUGUUGAACCCCAAACAGGAACUGUGUCUACAACUGGAACCACAGGGCACCCUUUUCAUCAAGGUGACGUUUUCCAGUCCUUUCACCCAGAAAAGACCAAAGCUUCAAACAAUUAAGAAAUUAAUCUCCUCAAAACAAGAGGAGACCACCGAACCAGCUCCACUGGAGGAUGCAGCUAUUGAUGCUCAUUCGCUGCCAGAAUCGGAUACUGAGAGCGUGGAUUCAUCGGCGCCGGCUGUGGAUACUGAAACGGAAAAGACCAUCCAGCCAGCUCCAGAAGAAGAUGUUGUUACUGACAAUCCUAUAUUGCCAGUAGCCACUGAGAGCAUGCGCCCAUUAACACCUGAUGCUGAUACCAUUACAGAAGAGACCUUCCAACCACCUCCAGUGGAAGCUACAACUAUUGACAAUGUACCAGUAGUGGACACUGAGAAUGUGGAUUCAACACUACCAGCUAUCAACACCAUUAGUACAGAAACUAUCCAACCACCUCCAGUGGAAGCUACAACUAUUGACAAUGUACCAGUAGUGGACACUGAGAAUGUGGAUUCAACACUACCAGCUAUCAACACCAUUAGUACAGAAACGAUCCAACCACCUCCAGUGGAAGCUAGAAUUUUUGACAAUGCUCCACUGCCAGUAGCAGUAGAGGACUCUGUGAGCAUGGAACCAUUACCACCAGCUAUUGUAAGCUUGCUAGAAAUGACAAUCCAACCAGCUCUAGAAGUUGAUUUAGUUACUGACCCUACUCCAUUGCCAGUAAAGGACACGGACAGCGUGGAGCCAUCGGUGCCAGCUGUUGAUGAAAUUACAGAAAAGACAAUUCAACCAGCUCCAGAGGAGGAUGCAGCUAUUAAUCCUCAAUCACUACCAGUAGAGGACUCUGAGAGCAUGAAGCCAUUGCUGCCAGCUGACGAUGAAGAUACAGAAAAGACAAUCCAACCACCUCCAGAGGAGGAUGCAGCUAUUAAUCCUCAAUCACUACCAGUAGAGGACUCUGAGAGCAUGAAGCCAUUGCUGCCAGCUGACGAUGAAGAUACAGAAAAGAUAAUCCAACCAGCUCCAGAGCAGGCUGUAGUAAUUGACAUGCCUCAAGUGUCAGCAGUGGACAAUAAGAAAGUGGAAUCAUCACCACCUGGUGCUGCUACUGAUAUGGAAAAAAACAUCCAAACAUCAACAGAGAAAGAUGCAGUUAUUGAUAUUGAUAACAUUGCAGAAGAAACCACUGGACCACCAAAGGGUUUAGUUCGUGACGCUGUUCCAUUGGCAGAAGCAGAUGUGGAAAAUCCAUCAUCAUCAGCUGGUAUUCAGCAAGGAGCUCGGCUGAGCAUUCAGGAUUUUGAUUGUCUCUGUGUGCUGGGAAGAGGAGCAUUUGGAAAGGUGGGUUAUGGUGUGAAUUCCACUUUCAAUAUAAAAGGUGUCAAGAUAAAUGCUAGGCUUAUAUGUGAAAAGGAAAUCCUACAGACUGUGAGCGAAGUACAGCAUCCUUUCCUUGUUAACAUGUUGGCAAGUUUCCAGACUCAGGGUCAUUUUUGUUUUUUAAUGGAGUAUGCCGCUGGUGGGGACUUAAUGACCGAUAUUAUGAACAACAACUUUCAGCCAUUUUCCACAACCAGAGCUGUGUUUUAUGCGGCGUGUUGUGUGCUCGGCCUGGAUUUCUUGCAUCAAAACGAUAUUGUUCACAGAGAUCUCAAAUUGGAAAACAUUGUAAUUGACAUAGAUGGAUUUGCCAAAAUUACAGACUUUGGUCUUAGUAAACAAGGGAUGGGAUAUGGAGAACAAGACAGAACAUAUUGUGGCACCCUGCAUUACAUGGCACCGGAAAUGGUUUGCGGUAAACCAUACACAACAUCUAUUGACUGGUGGAGUCUCGGUGCAGUUAUUUAUAUAAUGCUGUGUGGAAUGUAUCCCUUCUCAGGUAACAGAAGAGAGGUGAGGUAUAAUAUUGUCUAUUCAACGCCGCACUAUCCGAGGUUCCUGACUGCAGAAGCACGAUCAAUAUUAAGAAGUCUUUUGCAUAAAGAUCCCAAAGUCCGUCUAGGAGCCAGCGAGAAUGAUGCCUGGGAUCUGAAGAGCCACCCUUUUUUUAAACAAAUAGACUGGUUCGCAUUAUUGUUUAAGAGUGUCAGGCCGCCAUGCGUACCAUCCAUCGAGGGACCAGACGACGUCCGCUACUUUAAUAGAAUGUACACAUCAUGCGCCCCCAUUCUGACACCGCCAGGCGAGUCUGAGUCCCUAUCUGAUGUAGAGCUGGAGCUAUUCAAAGAUUUUGACUGGGUUUCCGAUAGGAUUUAA